UGGGUAUUGGAUAGGGUAUGUCGUGAUCAGUAAAGCGCAGAUGUCUACAGUCACCCAGACAUGGACAGGUGACAGUCCUUGGUUAGUUUAGGCGUUGGGAGUGUACUCUCUCCAUUUCUUUUUUAUAGUCUGCCUGUCGGUUUCUAUCGGGACUAAUCAUGUUGUCAUUCGGUAAAAUGCGUAAACGCAUCGAGCCGGUGGUUUUAUGUGCCCAAAUAGCCAGCGCGUUUUUCGACACGGGUUUGCAGAUGGUGGUGAAGGAGAGAUGCGCCAACAUGACCGACGCGCUCUCUCCCACCCCCACCGAAGACAGCCGGCAGAAAGCUAUGUCCAACUUCUACAUGAUAUAUAAUAUGCUGGCUAAAUUCGUACCGAUCCUACCCGCUAUUCUUUUAGCCAAGGUAGGGGACCUGGGGUACCGGAAGAUCCCCAUGGUGAUCCCCCUGGUGGGUUACCUGGUCUCCAGAGUGAUCCUGCUCCUGGUCAUAGUGAUGGAUCUCCCGAUACAGGCUAUGUUCGGCGGGGUGGUGGUCCACGGACUCAGCGGCGGGUUCUGCUCCUACUGGGCCGGGGUCAUGGCCCUGGUGUCGCUCACCUCCACGGAGGAGGACCGCUCUCUCCACAUGAUGCAUAUCGAACUGGUCUACGGAGUAGCCGGUCUCAUCGGUAGUCUAGUGUCCGGGCACCUCUUCCAGUUGUACAGUGUGGAUUUUAAACAGGGGACUCUGUUAGUGAGCCUGAGUGUUUUCCUCUACUUUUUGUGUCUCAUCUACACAACCUUCUUCUUUCUAAUGCCAAGUUUCUCGACAAACGCGCACGAGCGCAACGAGACCAAUGGCUUCUUCACUGAGCGAAAUUCCAGGAAUAUAUUGAACAUUCUGCUUCUCUUCGCGAGCGGUAUUUUAUAUGACGUGGCCGUCGGAGGUGGGAUGGAGAUACUGGUGACCUUUGAGAUGAAGGAGCCCCUGAACUGGAGUGCUACACAGGUAGGUUACGGGAACGCCGCCGGGUUCGUGGUCUUCCUGACGAGCUUCCUGGGCGUCAUGGUAAUGUCCAGAUGGGUAGGUGACGUCACCCUCAUCAUCAUCGGCAUGGUGUCCUUCGCUGCCGGGAUCUACUUCAUGGCCUUCGUCACGGCAACCUACAUGUUCUAUCUGGCUCGAGCCCUGACCCUGUUCGCUCUGAUUCCCAUGCCAACCAUCCGGGCUCUGCUGUCUAAGCAGGUCAACGGCUCAUCGUACGGGAUCACCCUCAUCUCACUGCAGCUGUCCUUUAAGAUCGCCAGCCUGGCCUACACUCCCAUCUACACCAAGGUGUACCAGGCUACGCUGGACUGGUUCCCCGGGUUCGUCUUCACCCUGUCCAGCAUUAUCACCGUCCUGGCCACCAUACCUGUCAGCAUGGUGGGCUGCAGAUCUGGCCGGGCUGACAGUUACGAGAGGAUCCUGGGGAACUGACGGUUACGAGAGGAUCCUGGGGGAACUGACGGUUACGAGAGGAUCCUGGGGGAACUGACGGUUACGAGAGGAUCCUGGGGGAACUGACGGUUACGAGAGGAUCCUGGGGGAACUGACGGUUACGAGAGGAUCCUGGGGAACUGACGGUUACGAGAGAAUCCUGGGGAACUGACGGUUACGAGAGGAUCCUGGGGGAACUGACGGUUACGAGAGGAUCCUGGGGAACUGAUGGUUACGAGAGGAUCCUGGGGGAACUGACGGCGGCGACGAUGUGAUUGUGACGGCUUUGAGAUUGAGCCACGUUAAUGUCCCUGGUACCGCCAUCACAGGCCCUCCUCGUCGUCUCUGUGACACUGGAGCCGGCGUCAGCAGCACUUACCACGAAUGCAAUCGCUGCAAAAACGCAUUGUUGGUAGUUACACAACGCGUCUUUUGGAAUGAAUCCCAGGCCUGAGCCCAAUCAACAUGUCCAACAGGGCUGAUACAGGGCACUAUUGAAAACACUGACUUCUCUAGAGCCCUCACAUUCUGGACCUCCAAGCCAGUUCGAUGUUCCCGUCACUGUGAAAGAACUGCGGUGAAGCAGAGCUGAAUUAACUUGAAAUACUUGACUGUCACUUUUUCAUACCUUGUUUUUUUUUGCAUUUGAACUAUUGUGUUCUUUAUUGUGUAUCAAAAGCAUUUGAGUGAACAGAUUAAAUACUUUAUUGGUCCAAUA